CGCCGUCGGGCCGGUCCCGGCCCGCUGCCCGCCGCGGCGGCAGGACGGACGGGCGGACGGACGGACAGGCGGACGGACGGACGCAGCUCCUUCGCCCGGCGGCGGGCGAUGCUCGCCGGCGGCAUCCCGGUACCGCGCUGCCGCCCUGCCACCGCGAUCGCCAGGUAGAGAGAUGCCUGGGCAUUGGAAGCUCUCUGCAGCAUGCUGAGAAGACGAAACCUUCUUACUACGCUCCUGAUUGUCUUGCCAUGGGCUCUUCUCCUAACCUUGUGGCACCAGUACCCAACCACCCGCUACCUCAGCCUGCUGAGAAACACAGAUGAGAACGUGACCUCUAAAGCUCUCCUCAAUGGUACAACUGCACUGAGAGAAGAAGGCUUCCCGUCAUGCAUUCGGCAGCAGCAGAGCAUAGGGGCGACACCUAAAGUCAUCCAGAAUUAUGUGUACUCCAGGCCUCCGCCGUGGUCGGACACCCUGCCGACCAUAUUCGUUAUCACCCCUACCUACACUCGGCCGGUGCAAAAAGCUGAGCUGACCCGGCUAGCGAACACCUUCCUGCAUGUACAGAACCUGCACUGGGUGGUGGUGGAGGACUCACCCCGAAGGACCAACCUAGUGUCCAACCUGCUAGAGAAGGCAGGCCUCAAUUUCACCCACCUCAAUGUGGAGACUCCCAAGAGCCUGAAGCUAGGGCUGUCCUGGAUCCCAUCCCACACCCCACGGGGGACGCUGCAGAGAAACCUGGGGCUGCACUGGCUGAGGGACAGCUUCAGCAACACCGCACCACCAGAAGGGGUAGUGUAUUUUGCUGAUGAUGAUAACACUUACAGCCUGGAGCUUUUUGAAGAGAUGCGCUACACAAGGAGGGUGUCAGUCUGGCCGGUGGCGUUUGUUGGGGGGCUGCGGUACGAAUCCCCAAAAGUGAGCCCAGCUGGGAAGGUGGUGGGAUGGAAAACCGUCUUUGACCCUAAUCGGCCCUUUGCUAUUGACAUGGCUGGAUUUGCUAUCAGCAUCAAGCUGAUCUUGGAGAAGCCUCAAGCCAGUUUCAAGCUGGAGGGAGUUAAGGGAGGCUACCAGGAAACCAGUCUGCUGAAGGAUUUAGUGACUAUGGAUGGGCUGGAGCCCAAAGCAGCCAACUGCACAAAGGUGUUGGUCUGGCACACAAGAACUGAGAGGCCAACUCUGGUUAAUGAAGGCAAGCGUGGAUUUACAGACCCCAGGGUGGAGGUGUAAGCAGAGAAACAGCUCCCCAGUAGGCAGCGGGCAGUGAUUGGUCUGAAGCUUGUCAGCAGCCGCAGCAACUGUGCACGCUGCCUGUUCCACCACUGGAGGAUGCUAAAUGCCCCCAAAUGUAGCCACGUCGAUCAGUUCCCGCUGCCCAAAAGGUGGCAAUGAGCAGGGACAGAGCUGAUGCGGUCCCUGUGAUCCUACAGCUCUCCACUUUGAUUCUGUGCACUGGCUCCCAUUCCCUGGCUGAGAGGUGUGCCUCCCUCCCCUUAUGGGCACUGUGCUUUUCACCAUUCAUUAAACAGGAAACGUCUUAGAUGCGGUCUCCAUUCCCUGCUGUGCCAGCACAGAGGCUGAAAACCACAAUGUGUGCGGGUGCCUCUGAAGAUCCCUCUUGGCAUACUGUGAAACCUGAGCUUCGGGACAGCAGUUAUGAGCCGUUGUGGUUCAAGGACGGGAGUUGUUGCAAAAGCACAGAUGUGGAUCUGUCAGUCUGAGGUAUGCUCCCAGUGAGAACAGCUUAAAAGCAAAGCUAGCCUGAGAGAGGCGCUCUCUUGGAUACACAUGUGGAUCAGCUUUCGGUACUGGGGAGGGAGCUGUGCUGGAGGCCCUCAUUUUGGGUUUAGGAGUUCAGAAGUGCCUCAGCUGAGAACUUGAACUGCCCUAACUGCAGGUUGUAUUGGAAAAUGCUGUCCCAGUUCCCAGACCCGGUGCCCUCUGGAUGAAAUUCCUCUCCCACUCAGGGUGACCUGGCAGGUACUGUACCUCAAAGGCCAUGCCUCCUUGUCCCGUUGCAGAGAGCAGAAAGCAGGGACAGAGGUGGGUGGACCUGAAAAUUUUGUUCCUGCUGCAGCACCCUCAGGCACUUUAGUAGCCUCAAUUCACGUGUACAGAGUUGUUUCCUAAACCUCUAGGGAGGAAGACACCUUUCUGCAAUGGAGGUGGGUGAGAAAUGCUUAGGAAAGAGGAACGCUGAGCUUGCACUCGUCUCCUGUGUGAACAUCAAGAAAUGCGGAGAAGGAUCAUCAUCAGAAAACAUAUCUUCAGCACACAGAUGUCAACAUUUGCUACUUCACUUGUCAAGCUUCCAGCUGAACUGUGAUAGCAUGUUUGGCCCUGGGAAAGGGGGGAAAAAGACAGUGUCAUCUAGAACAGUUUUCCUUUCCCUUGAUAAAACAGGAGGACAGCCUGGGUAAAGGCAGCCUAAAGAGGAGCAGGUGGCAAAUGAGGACCGAAGGAAGGAUGCACUGGGUUGAAAGCACAAGCGUUUGUACCAUGUGUGCAUGGGGAGAAAUGUGUCUCUGACUUUUGCAGGAAGAUCUCUUGACAGACCCGGAAACCUCUCUGAGCACACCUUGCCAACCAUCUUCACUCAGGCCAUGAGGAACAAGGCUUCAAGCAUUCAAAAUGCAUUGAGGAUUUGAUAGCCAGAGAAAAAUCAUGAGCAAUCAAACCACCCCCUGCCCAAGAAACUCUGGGCUGGCAGGAGACGUUUAUUUGUUCAUUUAUUUAUACUGCAAUCCUUUUUGCCUGUUCUUUGUUUCGCUUUGUUUUUUAACUUAGGUCAUCUGACAUACUCAUGAGGAAAGAACAAUUCCCCUCUAACUCCAGAUGCUCACAGAAGAACAGCAGAGCUUGGCAUUCGUUUCUGAAUGUCUUUAUGCUUCUUGUGGUCUGGGGUUUCUUUACAAUGGCAUCCUAAGCUGGCAAAAUAAUCAGAAACACAGCAAGGAGGGAAGUACAGCAAAGGGAACUGUUAGUCCUUUAUGCGAGAAAUGUGGGUGGCACUAAGUUUCUAGCUCCUGAGCGAUCACGGUUAGGUAAAAACGUGUACGAAGGAGUGCCUCACUCAAGUAGAUAGUCCCCAUGGGUUCUUGUGAGGCGUCCAUGAAGGGGGGCUCUUGGAAGUGUAUCUGAUUGUUGAUCUGUGUUCCCUUAGUGAGGAACGAGCAUGCAGACAUCCAGCUAUGGGAGUGAGAUUAGAGUGCAGAAAGGGGCAAAGGGAGUGAGAUGCAUCCCACUAGGGAGAAAGGCAUGAGAAAAUAAGGAGUAGGCAGGGAGCAGAGAGAAGGUGGCUGUGCUGAGUGUGGCACGGCCACCCUGCAAGCUGUCUCAGCACUGAAGUAGUACUGAAUGGGCCAUAAAAACUGUGCCUUCUUGUGACCCUAAGAAGGUCUUUGUGUAAAGAGUGUCUGCAGGCGUCUGGCAUAUAUGAACUGGGCAGCAUGGAGGAAGCCUGACUCCUGCCAAGCGCUUUGCAUUCUCCAUUUGUCAGAGCUUUAUGCCCUGGCCUCUCUGCAUGAGGUAAUGGGCCUUGCACUCCAGUGGGGGUUGCUGACCCAUCCCGGCCAUCGGGUAGGAAGAUUGGCUCAAAGAUCCCACUCACCAUUAAUAGAAGAUUGUCCCCUUCUUUGUGGUUUUAGUCUGUGAGCAAAGAGCAAGGGAAUAAAGGAGUCUAUUUAUAAUCUUCCAUUUUCCCCUCCCAGAUGGGUAGGGUUUCUGCCCGUAUGAAAAGGAGGGGAUAUGGUAAUUAAUUCCCUGGCCUUCAUUAUCAAGUGUGUCCUCCUUGGGAUUUUGACGCUGCCAGUGGAUGUUUGUAGCAAGGGUUCGCUCCCAUUGCAAAGGACACCCCCACGUGCAUAUGUGCUUUUAGAGAUGAUGUUUCACUUCAUCCCUUUAAGAAAGUAAAAUCAUUGUUCCUAUUUUUCCCCCUGGGGCCCCAGAUUGCAGUGACAGGAGCACACUGUUACUCAGUGCUGCUCUGAGCAGCUCACAAGACCUGCUCUGUCACACCAGUCUUGCAUCAGCCUGACCCUAUGGAGGAGGGAUUCUGUGAAUCAGGAAAUUCUGCCAGAUGCUAAAUUGUAUGGGUCUGAGACCUUGUAUGGACUGUGUCACUGUACACAGCUGUCGCUCCAGGCUAACAGAUGUUCUGAACACUCUAGUACAAAUACUCUUUUUGCAAAUACCCUGUAGAGCAGACUAAGGACAGCAAGGACUGCUGCCAGGCAGGGUGCAGCAGCAAAGGGUAGGUGAGGACAGACAGCACAAGUUCAGAGGGCUGUUUGCUAGCAGAGCUCAGCAGGAGCUACAAGCUUCAAGAAAAGCGAACAAGGGGUGCAAUAAAGGAGGGACGCUGCACAUCAAGCCUGAAGUGUUUAAAGAGCAGGCAUCCCAGGGCCUGGUUUUUACUAGCAUAUUAGUAUCUGAUAUUCAUGUUCUCUAAAAUCCAUCCAAUUCACCAACCAAUGAAUAUUACUAACAUUUCCUGUUGCAGAAAAUAGUAUUGACAGAGGAAGGAGAAUGUCAAGGAAGUAAUUUUUAAUGGUUAUUUAUUUAUAUUGAAUGGUACUAGAGCGUUAUUAAAUAUGAUGUGAAUAGUA